AAACGAUAAAACCCUCAAACAAACACAACACAGUCAGUCCUUCCAGUACCAAACCCUUGGCUCCCUCCCAGCCCCCUCUGGGAAAAACGAUCGAACACCUCGGCUCCGUGACUCCCAGGCCCCCUCUGGCUGGAGCUCCUGCGAUCGCCACUCUAUUCCUGUGCCGCCUCUCCGGUCCUGUGUCCGCUCCUCUCUGCCUCUUCUCUCUCUCCGGGGAAGGCAACUCCCCGCCGACCUCGGCUGCCGCCACUUCGACUGCGCCGAACAAGUAGGGUCAACGGAGAGGAGCUGGGCAAAGAAAGAAGAGAUGGCGAGGCCGAGGUGCUACUUGGACGUUAGCAUUACCGGGGAGCUCGAGGGGAGGAUCGUGGUGGAGCUCUACAAUGACAUCGUCCCGAAGACCGCCGAGAACUUCAGGGCUCUCUGCACCGGUGAGAAGGGCAUUGGCCCCAACACUGGCGUUCCCCUCCACUACAAGGGGGUACGCUUUCAUCGGGUUAUCAAAGGAUUUAUGGCACAAGGUGGAGAUAUUUCUGCUGGAAAUGGCACUGGUGGAGAGUCGAUCUAUGGUUUGAAAUUUGAAGAUGAGAACUUUGAAUUGAAGCAUGAGAGGAAAGGCAUGCUGUCAAUGGCUAACUCAGGCCCUAACACUAAUGGGUCUCAGUUUUUCAUCACGACAACUCGGACAUCUCAUUUAGAUGGAAAGCAUGUAGUAUUUGGAAGGGUUGUAAAGGGAAUGGGAGUGGUCCGAUCAAUUGAACAUGUCCACACUGAUGACGGUGACUGCCCUAUUUCCGAUGUGAUCAUUGCUGACUGUGGAGAAAUUCCAGAGGGACAGGACUAUGGAAUUACUAACUUCUUCAAGGAUGGAGAUGCAUAUCCUGAUUGGCCAAUUGAUCUAGAUGAGAGUCCAAGUGAGUUGUCUUGGUGGAUGAUUGCUGUGGAUUCUAUCAAGGGAUUUGGAAAUGAGAAUUUUAAGAAGCAAGAGUACAAGAUGGCUCUUCGAAAGUAUCGAAAGGCAUUGCGCUAUUUGGAUGUCUGCUGGGAGAAGGAUGGUAUCGAUGAAGUCAAGAGUGCUGCUUUGAGAAAGACAAAGUCACAGAUUUUCACAAAUAGUGCUGCUUGUAAAUUGAAACUCGGGGAUCUUAAAGGAGCACUUUUGGACACUGAUUUUGCUAUUCGUGAUGGAGAUGACAAUGCGAAGGCUCUGUAUCGUCAGGGCCAGGCAUACAUGGCGCUCAACGACAUUGAUUCUGCUUUUGAGUCCUUCUCAAAGGCACUGGAACUGGAGCCAAAUGAUGGUGGAAUUAAGAAAGAGCUUGCUGCUGCUAAAAAGAAGGUUUUUGAGAGACGUGAAAAGGAGAAGAAGGCAUACCGCAAAAUGUUCCUUUAAGAGGCUGCCCAGGAUUCAGGUUUCCUGUUUCUGGAGCUACUUUGUUUUUGGAUAAUUUGGAGCUACUUUAUUGCACGGAAGGCUCUUGCUCUAUGAAAAGGUUAAGGAUGGUAAACAUACAGGAGAUUCUUCUCAACAUACAAUGGCACAAAUCUGAAGCUGUUUUGGCGGAUUUUGAUUCGAGUAUAUAGAAUCAGUUAGGAUCUAGGCCUUCUCGCUUCACCUUCGUAACUUCUAGCUGUUUUGAGAAACUCAUGUUCAAAUCUUGUCAUCGUAAUGAAUUUCUUCGGCCAUGGACAAAACUGUCUUUUGUUAAAUGCCAAUAUCAUUUUGAUCAUUUGUGGUGA